ACUCCUUUCUACUUCUCCGAAACUCUGCAUGUUUGCAGGCAAAAGCCCAAGGCGCUGAGGCGCGUGCAAUGGUCGGCUCGCCCUAGACGGCCUGAGUUUCCACCCUUGGGUGGGCAGCCAAAGUGUCUGGAGCAGCCCCCCCCCCCCCGGGUUAACCCUUUGCGCGUGAGCUCUGGGCCGCCCCAGCCCCUAUGGCUGGCUGCAAUAUUGGUCAGGCCAGGCAGAAGUUGGGAGGGACCUGGGCCCCUUGAGUCUCUCAGUCAGGAUCUGAAGGGGUUCAGAGCUCUGGAGGCGUCCUAUUGAUCCCGACAGGCCCUGGGAGAGGCCUUUCUCUCUCAGCCUUGUGUUAUCCUCAUACUGGCCUUAACUUCUAUUAGGGAUGCAGGUGUCCAUGCUAGCGUGGAAGGACAGAGGCCCAGGGAGGCACUGGCUGAUGCAGGGAUAGGCCUGGGGAAAGAGACCCCAUUUCUCAGAGACUUUCUAUGGGUCACAACAGCAGGCUGCUGGUCCUGGCUGGAUUUGAUUUGUCUCCUGGGGCUGUCAAAGUGCAACAGCAAUAGGACUUACCCCUCCACUGGCCCAGGAAGCCCACCCUGCCCCACCACACAGAACACAGAGGAAAGAGAGCCCCAUGCCUGAGCCCAGGCAAGAACUAUGGAUGUGACGAAGAUGGGUAUGAUCCAGCUGCAGAACCCCAGCCACCCCACGGGGCUGCUGUGCAAGGCCAACCAGAUGCGGCUGGCUGGGACCCUGUGUGAUGUGGUCAUCAUGGUGGACAGUCAGGAGUUCCACGCUCACCGGACGGUGCUGGCCUGCACCAGUAAGAUGUUCGAGAUCCUCUUCCACCGUAACAGCCAGCACUAUACGCUGGACUUCCUCUCGCCAAAGACCUUCCAGCAGAUUCUGGAAUAUGCAUACACGGCCACGCUGCAAGCCAAGGCGGAGGACUUGGAUGACCUGCUGUAUGCCGCAGAGAUCCUAGAGAUUGAGUACCUGGAAGAGCAGUGCCUGAAGAUCCUGGAGACCAUCCAGGCCUCCGAUGACAAUGACACAGAAGCCACCAUGGCUGACGGCGGGCCUGAGGAAGAAGAGGACCGCAAGGCUCGCUAUCUCAAGAACAUCUUCAUCUCGAAGCAUUCCAGCGAGGAGAGCGGGUAUGCCAGUGUGGCUGGACAGAGCCUCCCCGGGCCCCUGGUGGACCAGAGCCCUUCCGUCUCCACCUCGUUCGGUCUCUCAGCCAUGAGUCCCACCAAGGCUGCAGUGGACAGUUUGAUGACCAUCGGGCAGUCUCUCUUGCAGGGAACUCUCCAGCCUCCUGUAGGGCCCGAGGAGCCAAUGCUGGCGGGGGUUGGGCGGCACCCUAUGGUGGCGGAGGUGAAGAUGGAGAUGAUGCAGGUAGACGAGGUGCCCAGUCAGGACAGUCCUGGGGCAGCGGAGUCCAGCAUCUCAGGAGGGAUGGGAGACAAGGUGGAGGAGAGAGGCAAAGAGGGGCCCGGGACACCUACUCGAAGCAGCGUCAUCACCAGCGCUAGGGAGCUGCACUAUGGGCGAGAGGAAAGUUCUGAGCAGCUGCCCCCCGCAGCCGAGGCUGGCCAGGGCCCCCCCACCCGACCAGAUCCCCCAGGGCCCCUAGCAGAGAAACAUCUGGGUCUCUACUCCAUGUUGCCCAACCACAAGGCUGAUGCCGUGUUGAGCAUGCCAUCUUCUGUGACCUCUGGCCUCCACGUGCAGCCUGCCCUGGCUGUCUCCAUGGACUUCAGCACUUACGGGGGCCUGCUGCCCCAGGGCUUCAUCCAGAGGGAGCUGUUCAGCAAGCUGGGUGAGCUGGCUGUGGGCAUGAAGUCGGAGAGCCGGCCCCUUGGGGAGCAGUGCAGUGUGUGUGGCGUGGAGCUCCCAGAUAACGAGGCGGUGGAACAGCACAGGAAGCUGCACAGUGGGAUGAAGACGUACGGCUGCGAACUCUGUGGAAAGCGGUUCCUGGAUAGUUUGCGACUGAGAAUGCACUUACUGGCUCAUUCAGCGGGUGCCAAAGCCUUUGUCUGUGACCAAUGCGGCGCACAGUUCUCCAAGGAGGACGCCCUGGAGACACACAGGCAGACCCACACUGGCACGGACAUGGCCGUCUUCUGUCUGCUGUGUGGGAAGCGUUUCCAGGCGCAGAGCGCGCUCCAGCAGCACAUGGAGGUCCAUGCCGGCGUGCGCAGCUACAUCUGCAGCGAGUGCAACCGCACCUUCCCCAGCCACACGGCUCUCAAACGCCACCUGCGCUCGCACACAGGUGACCACCCGUACGAGUGUGAGUUCUGUGGCAGCUGCUUCCGGGAUGAGAGCACACUGAAAAGCCACAAGCGCAUCCAUACUGGCGAGAAACCCUACGAGUGCAACGGCUGUGGCAAGAAGUUCAGCCUCAAGCACCAGCUGGAGACGCACUACAGGGUGCACACAGGGGAGAAACCCUUUGAGUGCAAGCUGUGCCACCAGCGGUCCCGGGACUACUCGGCUAUGAUCAAGCACCUGAGAACACACAACGGAGCUUCGCCCUACCAGUGCACCAUCUGCACCGAGUACUGCCCCAGCCUGUCCUCCAUGCAGAAGCACAUGAAAGGCCACAAGCCGGAGGAGAUCCCGCCCGACUGGAGGAUAGAGAAGACGUACCUGUACCUGUGCUACGUGUGAAAGGGGCGUCCCUCACGGGGGGGUGCCGCGUGGGAAGCCGGGAAGAGGAGCUCUAGAGAGCAAGAUGAAGUGGAGGAAGGACUGUGCAAAGAGAUUUAAAGGGAAAAAAAAAAGAAAAGGGAAAAAGAGAGAGAGAGAGAGAAGGAAAACCUGAUAGCGAUGUGGCUUUGAAUUCUCUCUGUGGCUUCUGGGGAUACCGAGGGCUAAGUCCCUGCCCUUUUUUCUGGGGGGGGGGGCUCUCCUCUCCUUGAUUUUCUUGGGUGGGGCCAGGAUGGUCUUUGUUCAUUCACACGGUGGCAUAUUUUUCUCCUCCUCCUCCCCAGACCCUCCUUUUGUGUCCAGAAAUGGACACCGUUUCUGCCUGUCCCCUUCCCCUCCCCCCACCCAUUACACCCCCUUCUCCCUGUCUCCUCAAAAGAUGGAGAGAGGAGCUACAGAUGGUAAGAGGAAGGGUACCUGGUUGAUGUUCAAAAUGGCAGCUCUGGUUUGCUAGGAGCAGCAUGGGAAGGGGAAGGGCUCUUUCUCUCUCCACCACUGGGUUCGUCCGUUGCUUUCUCCGCCCGGCCCUGCUACAGCUGGCUGCCCCUCAGGGUCUCCCGGUCCCCUAACUCUCCCUGAGCUCCUGGCUCCUGCUUGACUGCUGUCCUGCAGGUCCCGGCGGGCUCCCGUCCCUCGUCCCUGGUCCCUCGUGGGGCUGGCAGCUCUUCCCUCCUCGGGUCCCUUGUGGGGAAAGUUGCGUCGGGCUCCUCCACCUCUCAACUUAGGUUCUGAGGACAGAGAACAAAAAGAAGCCCAGCUCCCCACCCUGGUCCUCAAAACUCACGAGCUAGAUUCCUGCGGAGCUGCUUUUGCUUCCAAAAUGGAAAACUUAUAUAUAUAUAUAUAUAUAUAAAACCUAAUGUGUCCUCCAUGUCAAACACACACAUCCCUAGAACUCCAUUUUCAGCUCCUGAGGGAAGGAAUCCCCUUGCCCCAUUGAAAAGGCCCUGGAAGGAGAGAUCUCUCUCCCGAGGGCCACUCCUGCCAGAGGGAACAUUGGCCCAGCCCAGGGGAGGAGUGACGACCAGGGGAGGAACUUUUUGUCCUACUGGGGACCCUUGAAAGCCCAGGGUCUGGGAGACCCCAGGCCCAGUGAGCUUUGUAUGUGUGCGUGUGUGUGUGUGGCAGGAGGCAGGGGACCUAGGUCCAGAGAAUAGCACAGAAUUUCUGGCUCACAGUCCACACACAGGCAGGAGGGGGAGAAGGAGGAGUUCUUUGGCCUUGUGUUCUGUUUUGCUUCGUUUCUGUGUCCCCUGUUAGCACAUUGUACUUGAAUUACCUCAGUUUUGUGUGUGUGUGUGUGUGUGUGUGUGUGUGUGUGUGACCUCAUGAGCUUUUUUAGGUUUCUAACCCCUGUACGUCUUUUCUAGGUUGGGGGAGGGAAGGCUUGGAGGAAUAAGGAGGGUGUUCUUGUUUUGUUGUUGUUGCUUUUUUUUCCUGUUCUUGUGUAAGUUAGCAGUUGGCUUUAGACUUCAGCUGGCCGAGGCUGCCCACACGGCCAGGUAAACAGCCCCUCAGCUAGGAAACACACGCGUCGUCGCACGGGAGUUGAAUGCACAGGAGCCGAAUGCGUGACAUCUGCUUGGGAGCGCUGGGCGAGCGGAGAAGGCAGGUGGAGGGGUGCUGAGGGUGAUGGGCGACCCUCUGUCCCCCCCCCCCGAGAGUCACGGGGAGCUCUGCCCUCUGUGCCCUCUGAACCCAGCGUCCGUGCAGCCUGAAAUACUCGGAAGGGAAAAAUCCCCACCUUCCUCAGUUCUGAGGAUUGGCUGGGCUCUUUGGGCUCGAGGGAGCCCGUACCGUCCACAUCCGUGCAACUGUGUCGGGCCUCGCAGGGGUCCUUCUUGCCAACAUCGUUACGUAGAUUUUUUCCUGGCUGGUAGUGCGCAUGUGUGCGUGUGCAAGAUACGGCAGAGAGCAGACCCGGCCUUGGUUGUCUUGUGUUGGGUGGUGUGUUGUUUGUUUUCUAAAAGCUACCUCUUCCGUUCGUCCAGUUGUUCUUUUCUUCUCUCGAAGCUCCCUUCCGCUGCUCAGCGCUCCCAUUUCCUCCAGCCUCGCCACCCUGACGUGUAGAAAGCACAUCUGCAAGAGUUGCGUUUGCCUUGGGAUGGGCCCUCGGUGUCAUCUCAUGCUUGAUGGGUUGUUUUUUCUGUAUGUGUGUGUGCGUGCGUGCGUGUGUGCGUGUGUGUGUGUACUGUGCUUUGUUCUGUUCUUUCCUUUCUCUGAGAACGUGGUGAGCGCGUUGCGAUGUUCUGUUUUCGCUGUCGUUGUUUGAAGGUGGUUUAGGGAAGCGGUUGGCGUAGAGGAAUCUAGGGAAGUCGGAGGGAUGGGUGCUGCUGUAACCACCUCCCUGUCCCUCGGCUCCAUCCUUCCUGCCCUGCCCUUUAAUCUCAUCCACCAAAUCAGAAAGCCUUAAAAAUCGUAUGUGGGGGGGGUGUGGACGAGGGGGUACUUGUCACUAGACUGGACUAGGGAUGGUAAAGUAGGGAAGAGGCUAGUUUGCAGUUCUGACAAUGACUUAGUGUGUUGGGAAGAAGUUACACCUGAGUUACUGUGAGCAGAACAGGUGUCAGGUGUACGAUGUGGACGGAUGAGAAUCAUUAGGCACCGAGCCUUCCUCCCCGAUCCGUCCGGGAAGAGAGGGCACUCUCUCGCUGACCCUCAGGACAUCCAUACAGCCCAGGAAAAAAAAACAAAAACAGCAUUUUAACAGCAAGAAGUCAUUUCAUAGGGGUAGGGAGAAACAAACAAAAAAAUCCCCACAAAACUUAGUCUCAAAACGGUUCCAUAGAACUAGCGAGUCCCUCGCCCCCCCCGCCCCCCCACCCCGCCCCCCCCAGUUCUCUGCUCACUCAUAAAAGCUUGAGAAGGCUGAGCGGAUCUCUACAAAUUGUAAUAUUUUUGUAAUAUUUGUCCGUUCUUUCGUCAGUUCUACAAGUCCUUGCCCUUUUCUUUUGUAAUGUGAAUAGGAAGUAAAGAAAAAAAUAUAAUAAAAAGACAAAAAAUAAAGCCCCACAAUUCAUCACCACCACCACCAAAAUAUCCCUCCGUGUGUGUGUGUGUGUGUGUGUGUGUGUGUGUGUAAACUCACACUGUGUUGUCAGAAUCGUAUGUUUCAGCAUUGGAUGGUACUAACCCAGCACCUGCCCGCACCCCCUGCCCCUGGGGGAGGGGGGGUUCUGCAGCGCUACCUGGGAGGUAGAGGCAGGCAGCUAGACUGAAGAGGCACCCCUGUAUUUGCUGGGCUCCUCCGCAUAACCCCAGAUGCCCCAGUGGAGUUUAACACGGCCCUCUCCUCCAAACUUCCUGCCUGUAAGGACAGAUCGACGCGAGAGCCAUGCUCAAGUGACCCAGGCUUUCCCUGGCUGUCCCAAGAGGCCUUUCUUUCCUUAUCUGGGGCGAUAGGGUGGCAGUGAGGGUGCUGGGGAGACCAGGAAGGUGGAAGUGGCGCCCUCUUCAGGUGAGGGGGUGUAUUUGCGCCUCUCUUCUUUGGGCCACCUGGUCCUCAGAGUUACUCUGCUGCCUUUAGUAUAGAGCCCUGCAGAAUGGAGACCCGCUACUACUGCCUUACCAACACAGGGAACUUCUCCAUCGUGGAAAGCCUGGGUGGGUUAGUGGGCCUUUGCCCGUGUCCGGCUCCUGCGAGGGAGUCCCCGAAUGCUUCUGGUGACAUCACCCCUUCUAGCCAUGUGUUCCUUCCCUGUUCACUCAAAGCAUUAAAAUCCUAUGUGUAUAUAGGAUAGAAAAAAAUUAUAUAGAGAGAGAAAUAUAUAUAUAGCAAGAGAGAUAUAAAAUAGUACAUGUCAUUGCUGCUUUGCUGGAGGCCGUGAAUAUGAGAAUGGGACACCUGAGAGGUGAGGCUGGGUUGGGAGGCCAGGGGACCCAGGAACCAGUACAAUCCCGGGAGGCAACGCGGGCUGAUGUAAUCUUUGUGCCUGAACAGUUUUUCCAUGUAGGGGAAAAAAGCUGCGACCUUUUCACAAGGAAAUGCGGUACCUUUCUGGAUGCUAUAGGUACACGUGUCUUGGGGGGGGGCAAUAGGAAACCUUAGAAAGGAGUGAGCAAAGGGGUGGGGGGGGGACGUGGACUUGGUCAGGAGAGGAGGGGAGAUGGAAGAAACUUGUGGCUAAGUUUCCUGGCGAGUUAGACUACAGGGGGGACUGGGGGUACCACGCUAUGAGAGAAAAGCAGAGACAAGAGUCUUGUCUGUUGAUUUUCCUCAGCCCAUCUUCCCCCCCCCCCCCCCCGCGCUCCCCUCUAAUUUGUCUCCUCCUCCCUGGAAAAUCUCCUGGCUGUGUCAGUGAGAAUCGAAACAGAUCAGCCCUGUGGAUGAAGGCUAGAAGCCAAGUGAGGAGUCCUGGGCAAAGCUGGGAGAUUGGGUCAGAGGAAGAGUGGGGGAAAGGGAGUGCAAGCAAUGCCCCCCCCGCAACACACACACACACACACACACACACACACAGAGCCUGCCAAUCAGCAAGUGCAGUCCCUCCCCCCCUCAAGGCCUUGGCAGCCCACUUUGUAGACAGGGUCUCCUCUCCUGGUGUGUAUCAUAGCAUUUGUUUCCAUAGUGUUAUGCAUGAUCUUUGUAAGGUAAAGAAGCCGUGAUGGUACACCAUGCCAUCCACCCUAUAUAUAAAGAUAAAUAUAUAUAUAAUGUAUGUAAGUUAUAGCACUGAGGGCCUGUGGCCCUGCUGGACCAAGCAAAACUUAAGCCUUUUGGUUUGGGUAUUAUGUUUCUUUGUCCUGUUGGUUUAUCAUUUGUGUGUCUCUGUGUGUGUAUGUGUGUGUACGUAUGUGUGUGUGUCCGUGUGUGUGUGUGUGUGUGUGGCUUGUCUUUUUUGUGGUGACAGCACAAGUGCCAGUCUGAUCGCUCUGUAUUACAGAAUAGUGUUUUGAAUUCAUUGAUGUUCUAGUUGAUGUCUACCUCAGCACCUCCUCUUAGCCUGAUCCUAGGAGGUUGCCCAAUUUUGUUUCUUCAACUUUCCUGGUUCUUCUUUUUCUUUUUUGUACAAAUUGAUCUCUCCCUCCCCCUCUUUUUCCCCCUCCCCUCCCAUUCUUUCUUCCUUUCUCCCUCCCUUCUUUCCCUGUCUUCUUGGGUCUCUCCUGUCUUUCUCAUUGCCCCUUUCCUUCUCUCUUCUCCUCCUCUGGGUCCCUGGUCCUGUUUGUCUCAUCUUUCUCACCGUAUUCCUUCCUCACCCCCCACCAAGUCGUGCUUGCCAGUUCUCUCUGUCUUCUGAAGUAGUUCAGUCCAAGUCGUGCAGUCUCAGUUGCAGCUUUCCGCACCUGCCUUCGGUUCGUGUAGAUUAAUGCAUUUUAUUUGGAAUUUCAGUGUUUCUGACAAGAUUUAAAAAGAGAAAAAAAAUGAAAAAAAAAUGAAAAAAAUGAAAAAAAAAAACGAAUUUACUGCUGCAGGUUUUUUUCUCUCUCCAUGUGUCACCAAGUGAAGUUGUGCCUUCUAUAGCAAAGAGAAUAUUUUUUACAUCCUACUAACAGUAGAUUUUUUUGUAGUGAACAUUUUUUGUAUUUUUAUUUAUAAGUCUCAUAAGAAAAAUAGCAAUGUUCAGUUGUAUACCUUGAAUCUGCAGUUAGAUGAGAAUAAAGUUAAUUCAGUUGUCA